CUUGGAAGCUGCUAGGCGGAAGUAGACCUUCAGACCGGGGCCGGGCGGCACUGAGUCCACAUCCGGGAGAGGCGAGGAGAGCGGAAGUGGCGUUGGUCUGGACGGAGCCCUUGGGUGAAAUUGUUAGGCGUGGAGAGGGAGUGAUGUCUUCCAGGCUCGGUGCAGUCCCCGCCACCCCGGGACCCACAUCCUUUAAGCAGCAGAGGAGCACCAGAAUCGUGGGAGCGAAGAAUAGCAGGACCCAGUGCUCUCCCAUAAAGGACAACAGUUUCCAGUACACCAUCCCUCAUGAUGACUCCUUAAGUGGUUCUUCAUCUGCCUCUUCAUGUGAACAAGUGAAUGAUUUCCCAGCAUCCUUCCGAAAAUCUUCAUACUGGAGGAAAAUGAAGAAGAUCAAGCAAGCUGCUUCUCCUCACAUUGAAGGGUCAGGUGGAGUGUCUGCCAAAGGGAAGAGGAAACCCCGGCAGGAAGAGGAUGAAGACUAUGGACAGUUUCCUCAGAAGAAGCAUAAACUUUAUGGGAGGAGGCAACGGCCUAAAACUCAGCCUAAUCCCAAACCCCAGGCUCGCCGUAUACGGAAGGAACCACCAGUUUAUGCAGCAGGCAGUUUGGAGGAACAGUGGUACUUAGAAAUUGUGGAUAAAGGCAGUGUUUCCUGUCCUACCUGCCAGGUAGUAGGGAGGAAGACCAUAGAGGGUUUGAAGAAACACAUGGAAAACUGCAAACAGGAAAUGUUUACUUGCCAUCACUGUGGGAAACAACUGCGUUCCUCGGCAGGGAUGAAGUAUCAUGUCAUGGCGAAUCAUAAUAGUUUGCCCAUUUCAAAGACUGGAGAUGAAAUUGAUGAGCCAAGUGAGAAGGAACGGCUCCGAACAGUUCUAAAGAGACUGGGAAAACUCAGGUGCAUGCGAGAGAGUUGCUCCAGUACCUUCAGCAGCAUCAUGGGAUAUCUGUACCAUGUUAGAAAGUGUGGCAAAGAGGCUGCAGAGCUGGAGAAGAUGACCUUAAAAUGUCACCACUGUGAAAAACCAUAUAGGUCUAAGGCUGGUCUCGCAUAUCACCUGAGGUCAGAACAUGCACCUGUCUCCUUCUUUCCGGAGUCAGGACAGCCAGACUGCUUAAAGGAGAUGAAUCUGGAAGCAAAGAGUGGGGGGCGAGUUCAGAGACGCUCUGCCAAGAUUGCUGUGUACCACCUGCAGGAGCUGGCCUCUGUUGAACUGGCCAAGGAGUGGCCUAAGAGGAAAGUGCUCCAGGACCUGGUACCUGAUGACCGGAAGUUAAAAUAUACUCGACCUGGGCUGCCUACUUUCAGCCAGGAAGUACUACACAAAUGGAAGACAGAUAUCAAGAAGUAUCAUCGCAUUCAGUGUCCUAACCAGGGUUGUGAGGCUGUGUACAGUAGUGUGUCUGGCCUUAAAGCUCACCUUGGCUCGUGUACAUUGGGAACUUUUGUGGCUGGAAAAUACAAGUGUCUUCUAUGCCAGAAAGAGUUUGUGUCAGAGAGUGGUGUCAAGUAUCACAUCAACUCUGUCCAUGCUGAGGAUUGGUUUGUUGUAAACCCAACAACAACAAAAAGCUUUGAAAAGCUGAUGAAGAUAAAGCAGAAACAGCAAGAGGAAGAAACGCGCAGACAGGAGCACAGGAGCAGAAGGUCACUAAGAAGGCUGCAGCAGCCUGGCAUUGAGCUUCCUGAGACCCAACUGAGCGUUAGAGUAGGGAAGGAUCAGAGGAGGAAUAAUGAGGAACUGGUCAUGUGGACCUCCUGUAAGGAAUCAGAGCAGGAACCUGUUGCAGCUCAGUUCCAGAAAACAAAGCCCCCAAAGACGAAUCAUAAACGAGGAAGGAAAUAGGCAGUCCAUGAAAGCACUCCUGGGAGUGCUGUUGUCAGGGGACCUGUGCUGGGAGGCCUGAGGCACCGGGCUGUGACUUUCUCAGCUCCUUCCUCCUGUGUAAAUUUCAUUGUCUUCCCUAUUUAUUCACUCUCAUUCCUUCCCCAGACCCCUUGUAGCAGGAUUUUCUACUAUUUUCCAUGGGAGUCCUCCUGUUUUUUUCUUCUCUUGCCCAAAGAGAUCCCUCUUAAGGCCCACUGUAGGCCCCUCUUGGCCUGUACAAGACUAAGAAUGGUGUUUACUUGUCCUUUCCAUCCUGAGGUUCAAAUGUUCUUGGAAACUCCAUUGAUUUAGUAGCCACUCCAUUGUGUAACUUAUAAAAUAACUUCAAACUACUUUUUAAAAAAAAUUAUUGGUUUAUCAUUUUGUAUUUGUAAUACAAGCAGCCUUGAAGCUAGAACUGUUGUUGAUUACUUAAUAGGGUUACCCCAAAUCCUUGGGAAGCAAAACUUUGUAGAAGCUGCUUGUCCUCAAUAUGAUUGAAAAAGAAAAAAAGACUUAGCAUGGAAAAGCUAGAACCUCCUUACAUUGGUUAACUUGGGAGGUGCUUUGUCUGUACCAAGUAGCAGUGAUUAACUAAAUCCAUGGGCAUGAAAAGCAGUCUGAGGAGUAGUGUCUCAAGUAUUAAAAUGACUAGGAAGAAAAGAAUAGAAGCAGUAAUAAAAAAACAGCCCAUCUUUCCUGGGACCCAAAGCCUCAUGUGUUGCUGUGGCCAGUGCCCUCCUAAAGUCUGCUUUUGCUCCCUUGGUUUUAAAGGUUGUGAAUGUCCUGUGCCCCUGGUGUUUGGACACAGCGCCUUGGUAUACUUGGCAGUGCCAGUAAGAUGGGAAUCCAAGGCGCACCUUCCUUCUCCCUGGACUUUACCUCACCUUGCCAAGUCCUUACCAGUCCUGUACCUUACCU